AUGGGAAACUGCCUUACAAUCUCAGAUCCUUCUCCUGAAGAUGUAUCAAACAAGGUUCUCAAAGCACUUCCCGUCGAAACUGCCUUCAAGUUUCCCUCACCAUUGCCUACUUUUACUCAAAGUAGCGUGUUUGCAAAAGGAACCAUUGACUUGGGAGGUCUCGAGGUGAGUCAAGUUUCGACGUUUAACAAAGUUUGGUCCACUUAUGAAGGAGGACCAGACAAUCUCGGAGCUACAUUCUUUGAACCAUCCUCAAUCCCUUCCGGUUUCUCGAUUCUCGGUUAUUACGCUCAACCAAACAACCGUAAGCUUUUCGGUUGGGUACUCACAGCUAGAGAUCUCUCAAGCAACACCUUAAAACCGCCUAUAGAUUACACCCUCGUAGGAACCACCGAGUCACUCAAAAUCAAACAAGACGGAACCGGGUAUUUCUGGCAGCCCGUGCCUCCUGAUGGAUACCAAGCUGUCGGUCUAAUAGUCACAAACACCUCACAAAAGCCUGCUCUAGACAAACUACGCUGCGUUCGAUCAGACUUAACCGAACAAUGCGAAACUGAUACAUGGAUAUGGGGAUCAAACGGAGUCAACGUAUCGAUCCUAAGACCGACCACACGAGGAACACAAGCUACAGGUGUCUCUGUAGGUACAUUCACUUACCAAACCCAAAACUCCUCUCCUCCAUCUUUAUCUUGCUUAAAGAACACGAAAUUCGACUUCUCUACAAUGCCAAAUGGUUCCCAAAUCAAAAAAUUGUUCGAAACCUAUUCUCCAUUAAUCUAUUUCCAUCCAGACGAAGAAUAUCUACCUUCCUCUGUUAACUGGUACUUUAGCAACGGAGCAUUACUAUACAAGAAAGGCGAAGAAUCGAAACCAAUCCCUAUCGAACCAAACGGAACAAAUCUUCCACAGGGAGAAUCAAACGAUGGAUCAUACUGGCUAGAUCUUCCUAUAGACAAAAAUAGUAAAGAGAGAGUGAAGAAAGGAGACAUACAAAACACAAAUGUCUAUCUUCACAUCAAACCAAUGCUUGGAUCAACAUUCACAGAUAUAGCAAUCUGGAUUUUCUACCCUUUCAAUGGACCAGCUCGAGCCAAAGUCAAAUUCGUGAAUCUACCAUUAGGGAGAAUCGGAGAACACAUCGGAGAUUGGGAACACGCGACGUUACGGAUAAGCAAUUUCACCGGAGAGUUAUGGAGAUUGUUCUUAUCGCAACACAGUGGUGGAGUUUGGAUCGAAGCUUCCGAUCUAGAGUUUCAAAGCGGAAACAAGCCGGUGGCUUACGCAUCGCUACACGGACACGCGAUGUAUCCGAAACCUGGGCUGGUUUUGCAAGGAGACGAUGGGAUUGGGAUAAGGAACGAUACGGCGAAGGGUAAAAACGUAAUUGACACGGGAUUAGGUUACGAGGUGAUUGCGGCGGAGGAGCCACCGUGGGUGGAUUAUCUGAGGAAAUGGGGACCGAAGAUUGAUUACAAUGUUGAUGAUGAAGUUAGGGCUGUUGCGAAGAUAUUGCCUGGAGCUUUGAAAAAGGCUUUUGUCAAGUUUGUGAAGAAGAUUCCUGAUGAAGUUUUUGGUGAAGAUGGGCCUACUGGGCCUAAACUCAAAAGUAAUUGGGCCGGUGAUGAAAAUUGA